AUGACCGGCCAGUUCGUCCGAGCUCUUGGCACCGUCUACCAUCUCAACUGCUUCAGAUGUCAGGACUGUGGCAAGGUGGUUGCCAGUAAAUUCUUCCCAGUCGACAGUGGCUCACCCGAUGGAAGAACUCAGUAUCCACUCUGUGAGACAGAUUACUUCAGGCGCUUGGGGCUUAUCUGUGCCAAAUGUGGUGGGGCCCUCAGAGGUAGUUAUAUCACAGCACUGGACAUGAAGUUUCACGUCGAACAUUUCACUUGUUCAGUUUGUCCCACCGUCUUUGGACCUCAGGAUAGUUAUUACGAGCACUCCGGUCAGGUCUACUGUCAUUUCCACUACUCCACUAGGUUUGCAGUCAAAUGUACUGGCUGUCGGACGGCCAUCCUCAAACAGUUUGUCGAAAUCAAUAGGAAUAACACCGAUGAACAUUGGCAUCCAGAGUGUUACAUGAUCAAUAAAUUCUGGAACAUCAAGCUCGCCGUCUCUUCCUCGAAUCCACAAAGCCUCCAACCCUCCGAAAACAAUCCUUCACAUAUUCAUGAUACCCAUUCUGAUUCAAACUCAAUCGACCCAUCCUCAUCUACCGCCGUCUCAACCCAAACCGUCAAAAGCUCACAAGCCUCCGUUCAACAUCCCCCUGAAUCUCCUGAAAACUGGCGAAAACAAGAAACUUAUGAAACCGCCCAAACUCUCAAAGAGAAACAGAAACAGAUGGAAGAGCAAGUCUACAGAAUCUGGACCGUCCUAUCCACCUUCGAAGAGAGCAGUGCGGCUUGUAUCAGUGAGAUGCUCCGUCAUGUCAGCAGUGGUCUCUAUCUCGAGGGCGUCCGAAUGGCUGGCAAGUUCGUCCUCCAUGUCGAAACACUCUUUGCAGCUAUCGACGACCUGGACGUCAUCUUCCGAAGUAAAAAUGCACAGGAGAUCUCUCAUGUACGAGAAGCCAGGAUGCUUUGUAAAAAAAUCGUCAAUUUCUUCUCCCUCCUAUCACACACUCACGAGACCGGUGCUCGCAAGAUGAGCAUCACCAAAGAGCUACUUUCUCUUGUCACCGGACUGGCACAUUAUCUCAAGAUUCUGAUUCGGAUCGCCUUGACCAGUGCACUGAAACUAGAACGAGAAUACUCUGACCGGAACGGGAUACUACAAUUCUUGAGUCGGCUCGACCGUCUAGCAAGAGAUCCCGAUGCUUCGAAGGCCACGACUGGUCAACCAUCUGCUCAACCCGAUCGCACUGGACCUUCUUCAAGCCAAAAUGCCAACACAGCCUCAGCAAAUGGCAAACUUCGCCCGUAUGGGUAUAAAAGCUUGACCAGGGCCGUUGGGACACUGGUAGGAAAGGGUGAAGCAACAACAGACUUGUGUGAGGGGUGUAAGCAAACAGUUGAAGAGGAAUGUGUUCGAUUCGGGACGAGUGCACGAUGGCAUACGGCAUGUUUGAAAUGUUCGACCUGUCAACGACCUGCGAUUAAACCUGAAAAACCUGCCAACCAGCUCACCCCGACCGACAAUCCACCCUCGUGCCAACUACCCCCAAUUCCUGUGAAACGCUUCAAGGCCGACGUCCAAGCACCUCGUGAAGGUACUCGGCUGAAAUUUGUACAUAUUUACUGCGACGAAUGCGCUGCGAUCGCUACUCAUAACCAGAAUCUCCCUCCUGUCACCUUGAAAGAUGGCUUUGAAUCAGUCACCCGUCUCGAACAAUAUGCUUUCUUACUCUGUGUUGCUCUCAAUAAACUUUAUGGCUUGCUCAAACAGCGGGGCAUUUUACCAGCUUCAGCAGAUGAUCCUCGCUUCACCCAGAUGAAUGGGGACGAGAGGUCGUUAUAUGAUGCUUAUCGGAACUCGACUGAUAUCAAGCGGAUGAAGUCUGUAGAUUUAGAUCGGAAGCUGUCCACUACAGCACGCAUACCCCAGCGGUCGACUGUUGUAGAGAGUCCGUCAGGGCGAGUAGCCCAAUCAACAAACGAAUCCCAGCAGCAGCAGCAGCAGCAGCAGCAGCAGAACGGCGGUGGACAUGGAUCGUCAUCGCUACGGCCGAACGAUCCGGCCAUUCGACAGUCAAGUAGUCGGUCACCCGUUGGUCCAAUUCGUCAGACUCAGGAUCGCCAGCGUCCUAGUAUCACACAUCCCACCAGGGAGCGCGAUUUUACUAAUCUGCCGCGAACCGAACCGCCUCCUAGGCCACCGCCGACUCAUCUCAACCUGAUACCUCAAGGCAAUGGAGCCCAUCUGAAUUACCCCACCUCAUCGAUGCUGGUGGCCUCACCACCAGUUUAUGGGGAUCUGAGCAAGCAGCAGUACACCACUGAUGUCCGCCCAGCCCUUGCUCGGAACCUGACCGCAGUCAGGAUCGUGAACGACCAUCCGGGGCCGAAUGAGUUGAUGGGACGAGACGAGCCCCGACUGGGCAGUUCGACCAGCCCGGUCGGCCGAGAUACCGAGGGGAUCACCCUCGCCGACCUACCUCGGGCUAUGGAAGCCGAGCAGUUCAGGGAGCAGCAGAAACCUCUCCCCACUCAAGUCGCCACCCUCUCGGAGCUCUCCGCACUUGAGUCGGUUAUCGUCAAGCACGUCGCCGCUCUGACUCUUGCUAGUGAGAGCUCAGCCAUCAAGGACGAUACCUCACUGGACGAACUGCUGGAAAUUAUCGAGGCUCGGAAGGGUAACUUCUGGGGCAAACUGUUCAAGGGUGGUAACGAUAAGGCUAAGAUUAAGAAAAAGGGUGUUUUCGGGGUACCAUUGGACGUAUUGAUCGAGAGACAUGGAGUUGAUUCUCUACUAGGGGCAGGAGCAGGCCAGUUACGUGUACCAAGUUUUGUCGACGACUGUAUUUCGGCGAUGAAGCAGAUGGACAUGUCGGUUGAAGGCGUGUUCAGGAAGAAUGGGAACAUCCGUCGACUCAAGGAGCUUACCGACGCUAUCGAUCGCGACGACUCUAAUGUGAACUUCAGCGACGAUAAUGCCGUCCAACUUGCCGCCCUCUUGAAAAAGUUUUUGAGAGAUCUCCCUGAUCCUCUCUUGACUUUCAAGUUGUAUCACUUGUUCAUUGCUUCUCAACGGGUCGAAAAUGAUGCCGCACGACGGAAAACACUGCAUCUGAUAUGUUGCUUGCUACCAAAGGCGCACCGAGACACGAUGGAGGUGCUGUUUGUCUUUAUGAAAUGGGUGGCCUCAUUCUCACAUGUGGAUGAGGAGACGGGCUCGAAGAUGGACCUGCAGAACCUGGCGACGGUCAUCACACCAAAUAUCCUCUACGCCCGCUCGAAGGAUCCGACAAGAGAUGAAUCCUUCCUAGCCAUUCGAGCCGUUAACGAGCUGCUCGAAUAUCAGGACGAGCUCUUCCAGAUGCCUCCAGAGGUCCAGCUGAUCAUGCAAGAUCAAGAACUGCUGAGCUCAAACAUGAAUGAGAUCACCUCCAAAGAUAUAUUGAAGCGAGUCGAAGCUCUGUUGAAAGCCAACCAUGGCAAACUGCGUGCACCAGGGAAAGUGGGCACAGAGCACUACCGGGGAAAGGGAGAAGUCCAGCCGCACCGGCCGGACCUCCACGCCUCGUCGGUACACCAGAGCGACGGCGCGCGGGCCGAGCAGCAGCAGGGCCGGACGGCCCAGUAUGCCAAUGGGCAUCCCGCCGAACCCAAUGGCUACCCCGGCUCCCCUGCCCUCGGUCCUCCCACUCCCAAUCGGCCCCUCGACCCCGCCGCUCAUCUCCACCACCAGCUCAGAGAAUCUUCCCUACAUUCCCCCUCUCAGCAACGACACAGCUUCCAUCGCGACCAAACUGCUCUGCCUUCCUCCUCCUCAUCCGGUCCUUCUCUCCCCCAUCCAUCCUCAAACUCUUCUUCGAAGCUUCCCUCACCCUCCUCUAUCACUCAUCUCCCUGCUUCUUAUCCCCCUCAUCCUCCCCCUCAUCCUUCUAACCUAAAUUCAAAUUCGAAUACGAAUCCAUCUUUCUUUCCUAACGAUAACUCUUCUCUUAAUCCUUCGUCUACUUCUUCCUCCACUGCUCCUGUCAAUCAACGGAAUACCAUCCCUCUCGAUCAACGCUCCGUAGGUUAAUCUUUAUUUCUUCUUUUAUAUCAUUUCCUGUCUUUCCUUUCCUUUUUUUAUAUCAUCUCUUUUUUGAUUAUCAUUGGCUACUCUUACAUAUAUGUUGAUGUAUUUGAGUUCACACACAUAUAUAUAUAUACUAUCAACAUCUUUACAUUUUUUUCAACUGCUACUGUUUUGUAUGUCGUCUUUUUUUAUCCAUCUCCUUCUUUCAUAUCUCCUUUGAUCAUCAUCUCCUCAUAUACUUUUUUUUGAAUACAAUACAAUACAAUACACCAUUCCAUUCCAAUCCAAGCCAAUCCAAGCCAAAGAAAGCUCUAUACAUCUAUAUUUAUAUACAAUCAUCAUUACUACAAACAUACAAAACAACCAAAAAUACACACACACACAACAUAUUUACAUAUAUACUUAAAACAUUCACUUGCCUUUUUUGUUUUGAAGGGGUUUUCAUGUUUUAAUUGGUGGAAAGUAUAAGGUAUAAUAAUAGAGAUCUGUAUUUUGCUAUACCUUUGUAUGAGAGGGAGAAUGUGUGAGGA